AUGGAAUCUCGCUCGCUGAGAAGCCGGCGACCCCCCAAGGUGAGUGCACCACCCACGACCCAAGCGGGUGGCCAUCUAGAGUCCAACUCCCAACCACUCGAUGAUGACAGUGACGUAUACAUUCAGAGCCUCUACGACGACAGUGAUGAAGAUAUCCAACAAUUCAACGAUGAAAGCGAUGAGUCUUUCCUUCCUGCUGGCAAGCCAACACGCAAGCCAGCCCGCAAGCCAAUCCGCAAGCGUGCUACCCGGAAGGACAAGGGCUCGACAGCCACGAACGACCAGCCACAACAGGAAGAUGGCGAUGAUUACGAAGCUGUUUCUCGCGCUACGACCAGCCGCCCCAACAAAUGUGUCGCCCGUAAGAAUAACAAUCCUGGAAAGACGAAGCGGCGGAUGUUCCACAAUCGACGCAUCGGUCAGACGAAAGCUUCCGAUGACAGCACGAAAGACAAACAGUCUGGCGACGUCGUCGCAGAGGAAUUAAGCCUCUUAUCUACUCCAGAGACUCGCAACAUCAACGCCUUGCUCCAUGCUCUCAAUGAGCCUCCAGGGUUGAAGGUCAAGACAGAGGUGCGGCCGACCGAGCUCACGAUUACACACAAUGGCGUCACACCACUUGGCGAGCUUCCGAACGCACCAGACCGAGACUAUAAGGCCCUGAUCAAGCUUAAGGAUGUCACUGUCACGUUCGACCCUCAAGGCGACCAGUCACGUACCUUGCUACCCUACAACAAGACCAAGGCUACAAGCAUCAUGGCAUUCAUAGAUGCAUGGAUCAAGGUCAUCCCAACUUGGGAAGUUAGACUAUGGAAUGAUGCGCGCCAGCCAAGUGAAGAAGAACGGGAGUACCUGUACAUGUUCCCGGAGAUAGUCCACAUCACGACCAUAGCGAUACCAAAGGCAUCCUUUCCUUCUCAGUCGUACCAAUCCUAUGUCAUAGGUGGUCCAUUAGAUAUCAAUGUCUGCCCCUCAGAAUCGGAAGCAUUGAAAGUUGCCCAGGAGGCAUGUCGGCUGUUGAACAAGAUACCUUUCCACAUUGACGCAGCCCACUUUCCCGAGUUCCAGCCGAUAUGGCGUGUCAAAGCAUCUAAGACUCGGCAACUCCUCGAGCUCAUGUCUAUGAGCGUUCUACAAGACGGCAAGUUCGACUUCCGCGGCCUUCGACCAAUAUUCCAGUCCAAUGCUACCUCGCCUUCUGCAUACUGUAUCUCACCACUGGCCAACCCGUUCUUCAGAAGCUACGCAGCAAUGAAUCAGUCUGUCGGCUGGGAAUUCCUUGCGCCUACCUUCGUACAGAAUAGCACCGGCAAGACUCGUGAAGGCUCAUGUUUACGUUUUACUCUCCACGCCGAAGAAGAAUCCUACCCAAGCGAGUUCCUCGAUGACCUUCCGGAUGUACCCCCUUGGUGGGGUAUUAGGCCGACCACUCCCUCAGAAGACGACAUCCCUCCUGAAUCGAAAGUUUCCACCUCGCGCAUGAUGGGACUCGUCAACCACAUCAGCAAACAAUUCUUUGGUCACAUUGGCAGCAGCGCAAACUUGCAUCAGACAGUCCGCGACUUGGCCCUGCCCAAUAAAGCCUCCUUUUCCAGAGUGAGGAAUCGUGCUGGGCCACUAGAAGGGCGCGCCUUGUUCGCUGUUCAGCAGAUAAUGGGAAGAGUAUACACGAGCACAUGGUUGGCUGACACGAUCGAAGGCACUGUUCCUGCUUUCUACAAUUCUCUGCCAAUCUUUGGCUUAGCAAUGGCUUUGCAACGUGCAUACGAGGUGUACAAAAGUAACCGAGGAAUGCUUCGAACGAUUGCAGGACUGUGUAUAGCCUUGGACGAGUUCAGCCACGGUAGAAAGCAAGUUCUCGAUCUGCAAACAUUUUGCAAGUGCGAAAACGAUCCUACGUGCAGGUCUACAACGCACCACUACUGCAUGAUCUGUCUCAGAUUCGAGACGUGUUCAGCUAUGAGCUGGCACGAUGAUGGUCGACUGAUAUGCCGGAGCCAUUUCCUCUCUCCACAGUCUGCGGACGUUCGCCUUGUUGGAAGGAAUCUCCAUCUGGCUGUGAAUUAA